CAUUCCAACCCUGAUCGUUGCACAUUUGAAGCAGAAUUCCCAAGGGAUAGAAGAAGUGGACUCAGUGAAAGGGAGAUCAUACAGACAACUUAAAGACAAAGAGAAGGAGAGACAAAGGUUGAAAAGAAAGAGAAAGAAUAAGGGAGCAGGGAAAGAGAGAAAGAAUGGAAAGCUGAAGACUUCUCAUUAACAAAUAGACAGGGGUGCGGAGUUCCAGUGUGUCUCCCAGCAGAUGUGGAAGGCUAAGUUGCUGCGUCAGGAGCAGAGCUAAAAGGCUAACAUCUGAGAAGCAGAGAGGACGACAACAUGCCUCCCUGACCACCGCCAGCGCCAUCCCUAUUUGCAUACAACCUUCAGGAUAUCCCCUCGGUGAAGAUGUAGUCCAACUGGUUGCCUUGGAGAUGUUUCUAAACAGGGCUUCCUCUUGGCACCGUCCCCGUGCCCUGUUGCUGUGGACUCUGUGGGUUCUACUCCUCCCCUCAACUGUCACCCUGACCACAGGCCCCGGCAACAGCACCCUGCUCUUUGACAGCACCGACAACAGCAACAGCCUGCGGAACUGCAGCUGCUCCGCCCACAUCCAGGACUGUGACGAGGCGCUGGCCAACCUGCUGUGCAGCUGCCACACUGUGGUGCGCUCCAAGCUUAUCCCCGGUGGCCUGAGGGAGCAGGGCGGACUGACUGUGUGGCUCAGAGAGCCCUGGGUUCUCACAGAGCUGCUGAAUGGCAGCGUGGUGCUCGACCUCCGCCUGUCGUUCUGUGGCACUGGCACCCUGGCCAUCCCCAACCAGUACCUGGCCCUGUUUGGCCUCCGUAGGCUGAGGGUCUAUAGUGCUGCCCAGGAAGCUCCACACCUGGAGCAGGUCCUCACCAUCUCCUCUAGGAGUAGGGAUAUGGAGGGGAUGGGGUACCUCUCCUCCACUGACCCCGCCUCCCCCUCCUCCGUUCUCCAUGUAUCCAUCCUGGAUGUGUCAGUGCUAAAUGGGUUGUCGUCCCUGAAGGCCUACAGUGUGAGUGCCACUCCCAUGUCCACCCUCUUCCAAUACUUCCCCCACCUGCCCCUACACCCCUCCACCGCCCUGGAUCAGCCCCCGGAGCCCCAACAGGACUGCCUCCUCACCUUCAUAUACUAGACCUGCAGGCUCUGAGCUCAGAGCUAGAUCUGUGGAAACUAGACUGGGCUGGAUGGAUGACACAGGUGCCUACAAGAGCUCCAUCCACCCAGAUGUUACUGAAUGGGCUUGAUGUGCAGAGAGCUGUGCUGCUUUUCAAUGUGUGUCCAUAUGGUGACUUUCUACAGUGCAGGAAAAAACAAACACUAUUAUCUGUCCUCAAGAGGACUCUGGACAAGAAAACUCUCUUCAUCUCUGAGAAGAGGAUGGAGUCAUAUUUCAAUAUCAUUGCAAGAGAAAGGGAGAGGUCCGGUUAGGUGAGAGUAAGACAACGAUGGCAUCCGUCUGCUGCUCUACAAACUGACAGAGCUUGUAGACCUGCUGCUGACAGUUAAAUUUUCCAGCUGCUCUUUUCUCUUGGUUAUUGCGUGCAGAUGGCCUAUUAAAACAUGUUGUUUUGAAAUCGGUUAUGAUGGCUGCCUUAUAAAUGGGCCAGCCUGAUUAGAACCUUGUUGGAUCAUCAGGCAAUGGACUUCACUCUUUGUGACUGUACAGUUCUGAAUCCACCUACUUAAGCUGGACUUGGUUGGGGUUUUAUUCAAGAUGAAGCUAAAAGCGUUUUGGACUGGUUUGAUCUGGGAGAUUGGUCCGGCCCAUGCUGGAUUGAUUACAUCACUCUGUUUCUGGUGUUCUAGAAUUCAGGGUUGUCCUGGAACAACCUUGGAGUGGAGUGUUCUCAUCUCUAUGUUCCACAAUGUGUUCUUCGGCUCAUGUUCUAGAACAGGGAUGGGCAAACUUUUUGGCUUGAGGGCCACAUUGGGAUUUUGAAAUUCAACAGAGACGCACAUUAUUUUUUUCACAAAAUAAUAAUUCCCCCAUCAAAAGUUUGUAAAAAAAAAAAAUACUAAAACCUCCUGCCGGAUUGAAUGUA